CUCGCUACAAACAUACAAAUUAUCGAGUUUCUAACAAAGAUAAAGACGGCUCUGCGUCGCCUCGUAAUUUGCCAACUGUAAUUUUAGCCAAAUAACAGCGAUCGCGACAGUGAACCGCCGAGAAGUUGGAGCGCCCACACUGCCACCCACCGAGGACGCCAGCAGAACAGCCGUGCACCCACUGCGAAGGCCGUGUGCGCGAGAGUGCGAGCGAGAGGGCAGCAGGCGACACAGGCAGAAUCAUUUUCGCAAGUGUUGUGAUAGAAAAAAGUGAAAGAAACUGCGAUAGUGAGUUCGAAGGAACAAGACCAAAAAUGUCUUCAACCCCAGCAGCGGGCAGUGCCGCCGAAGUGGCCACCUCCAGUGCCACCUCAAAUGCGCCCAGUGCACCCAGCACAACGGCUAGCAAUGUGAACAAUCCCAGCCAGCCGACGUCUGCCGGAACGCCGCAGGCACGUGGUGGCAGGGGCAGCAACGCCAACGGAGGAGCCUCUGGCAGCAAUGCAGGUGGCGGAGAUGAGCCGCGCAAGGACGCCAAACCAACGCCCAGAAUAUCCAAGGCUCUGGGCACCUCGGCCAAGCGCAUACAGAAAGAGCUGGCCGAGAUCACACUGGACCCACCGCCCAACUGCAGUGCCGGGCCCAAGGGCGACAACCUGUACGAGUGGGUCUCUACCAUUCUGGGACCACCCGGAUCCGUCUACGAGGGCGGCGUCUUCUUCCUCGACAUACACUUCUCGCCGGAGUAUCCCUUCAAGCCACCCAAAGUCACGUUCCGCACGCGCAUCUAUCACUGCAACAUCAACAGCCAGGGCGUCAUUUGCCUGGACAUACUCAAGGACAACUGGUCGCCGGCGCUGACCAUAUCAAAGGUCUUGCUGUCAAUUUGCUCCCUGCUCACAGACUGUAAUCCAGCCGAUCCGCUGGUGGGCAGCAUUGCCACGCAAUAUUUGCAGAAUCGUGAGGAGCACGAUCGAAUUGCGCGUCUUUGGACAAAGAGGUACGCAACAUGAUGCGUAAGUUCUGGCAUCGAACAUGUACCACAAACCGAAAACUGCAACAACAGAAACGAAAAUUCGCAUCUUGCAACGGAGAAAGUCUAUUUUAUAAAUAUAUAUUAAAAUACGAUAACUAAUAAAUUAACAGUAACAACUACCGUAACACGAAAA